UUAUAUUUUUGAACGUCGCUAACAAAAUUAAACUCUUCCAAAGGUGCAUGACCUUUGUUUCCUCGUCCUUUAUUCUCUGUUCUUCUCCCAUAUAUUUAGCAAACUCUGUUUUUCUUUCUCAUUCUCUGUUCUUUUCCCUUUUUAUUUUUCUAAUUCUCUUUCUCUUUGCAUUGCUCUUUUGCAUGGAAAAGUUUGGUAAAAGACAUUUGAUUCUUUAUCUCCUGAAUUAGAUUCUCUCAUAAUAAUAAAAAAAUUAUUCUUUUUUUCUCUUUUCAAAUCCCUUGUCCUUCUUCAGUUCUCUCCAAUUUUUACCUUCAAAUUCACAAAAAAGGGUAAAAAAAAGAUAUUUUUCACAGCCUAAAUUAGGUUCCUUUGAUUAGGUUUUUACAAGAAAUUCUAGAAUUUCUGGAGUCUUUGUUUUUUUUUAGUCUUGUUUUGUCACCUGAAAUAAUGGGUUUUCUUGUAUUUUGAUUACACUUCUAUUGGUUGUUGAAUCAUGUUAUUUCUUUCAAUUCUUGUCUGAGUUUAGGGUCCUUGAUAAAGGGUUAAUUUUGUUUGGUUGGUGAUUGAAGAAUAAAAAAAAAUGGCUUUGAAUUGGGAUGAUUUUGGGAAUUCUUGGAGUUUUUGGAGUUGCAAUUGGGAUUUGGAAAAAUCCCAUUUUAGUGAAAGUGGCCAAGGUGAAUCAAAAGUCUCUUCUGAGGCUGUUGAUGAUGAUAUUCUUGAUAGAUUGCCUGCAGAUCCAUUUGGAAUGGAAAUAAGGUCUACUUUAACUGCAGCAAUCACAGGUUGGAUUAAGGAUUUUGAGAAUGAUUGGGGGUCAGAUUUCUGUGUGCUUGGUAUACAUGAUGGUGAUGAAAAGAAUAUUGCUGAUCAACAAAAUUUUUUUAAUGGUUUAAAUUGGGUUUGGAAUGGCACCAUGAGUUUCCAACAGGAAGAAGAUAACUCUGGCUUUUAUGGAUUUGGUUCAGAAGAUGUUGAUAAAAUGAUUGGUGAUCAAUCAUCUUUCUUCAAGGGUGUGAAUUGGGUUUGGAAUGGUACCAUGAGUUUUCAACAGAAGGAAGGUAGCUUCAAAAUCAACGAAACAUCAAUCCCGGAUGAUGAUUUUAAUAGAUUUGGGAUUGGUAAUAGACUUUCCAAUGGAGGUUUUGUAAUCAAUGAAGAAGGUAAAGGAUUGGAGGAUUGCAAGAGAGUUUUUUGUGAUGAUAGUGAAAGAGCUACUCCAAAUGAUGCUUUGUUUUUUGCUCUUGGUUAUCUUGGUGUUAAGGACCUCCUUGCAGUUGAAAUGGUCUGUAGGUCUUUGAGGGAUACGGUUAGAAGUGAUCCUCUUCUGUGGAGGAGCAUCAAUAUUGAACAUUCAUUGAGUAAGAGGAUUACUGAUGAUUCUCUUCUGAAAUUAACUAGCAGGGCUCAAGGCACUCUUGACUGCUUGAGUCUGGUGGGGUGUGUAAAGAUCACUGAUGAUGGCUUGAAGAGUGUGCUUGAAAACAAUCCCAGGCUCACUAAGCUAAGUGUGCCAGAAUGUACAAAACUCAGUGUUGAGGGCAUUUUGUUCAAUUUAAGAGCCUUCAAGUCUGCUGGGUCCCCAGGAAUAAAACACUUAAGAAUAGGUGGACGCUUUGGUGUAACGGAGGAGCAAUUCAAAGAGUUGAAGUUCUUACUUAGUGUAGAUAGCUCGAUACAAUUGAGAGAGCAAAAACCACAAUUUUUUCGUCAAGGACAGUUGCAUCUCAUGUGUGAUGAUGAUAGGGCCAUUGACAUCGAGGUUUGCCCCAAAUGUCAGAAAGUGAAGCUAGUUUAUGAUUGCCCAUCAGAGAGUUGCAGAAGAACACAUCAUGCUGCUCAGUUGUGCAGGGCUUGCAUUCUCUGCAUAGCACGCUGUAUUCGUUGUGGCUGCUGUUUUAAGGACUGUGAUUAUGAGGAAACAUUUACACUAGAUUUGCUUUGUUUUAAUUGUUGGAAGCAGAUCUUUAAUCAUGAAGAGAAGCCAGAAGUAAUGGGUGCUUCUUCUUCUAAGCGUGCCAUCUUUCAUCGAGAGACGAGUUAUCAGUUUUGUUUUUAUGGCUAGCUUAGAGGAUGUUCUAUUCUCUUUGGCUGCAGACUGUGGACAAGACUUCUGCUCAAUGUGAACCUAGCAGGUGGCUGUCAAAUACGUGCAUGGAUGCCCUGGCAGUGUAGUUUAACAUAAUUGUUGCAUCUUAUGCAGCUUCUCAUUGCUAUCAUGAUGUGUAUUCCUUCUUUAUUGGUUCAUGAAGUGAACUUUUGUUUGGAGGGGUCACUUCUUUUGAUCUUGUGAAGAAUUUAGGUUGGUUGGCAGGAACAAAGGAUGCUGAAAAAAAAAAAAAAA